AUGCUGCUGUCAAAUCCUUUCGGGAUCUUCCAAGAUCAUCUUUCCUUGCUUUUCUACAAGUAUGGUCUGAUUGUGAGUUAUAAUCCACGGCCAUUUGUGCUAAUACCUGUCGUGAUCACCUUCUUACUUUCCUUCGGUGUAUUUACUAUGAAAGUUGAAGAUGAUCUCAGGUUUUUGUAUUCGCCAAUCAACUCUCCAGCGCGACUUGAAUACAGCAUACACAGGGCAUUUACUGGUGAUUCCGUCAACAGCACAUAUGUGGCGGUAGCUGUUGAACCAAACAACAAUUUACGGAAUCUGUUGAGAAAGGAAAUUGCUACCGAAAUUCUGAGUCUGAAUGAGUUUGUUCUAAACAAUUUAACUGUUAACUUAAAUGGUCGAAUUUAUAAUUUCGGAAAAGACAUUUGCAUACGAACAACACUUUGUCCACUCAGUAACACCAUUGUACAAUUUUUCUUCAACGCUUUCUGGAAUGAAAAGUUAUGGGAUGAUCCACGGGUACGUUUGGAUUACCCGUUUCUGUACUUUUUCGACAAUAAGUUCUUUCUUCCACUUCAUUUGUACGGUGUGAAACUUGGAGGAGCGAAAGGUAUUGAGUCGAUCGAAAUGAUACAUCUUCAUUAUCCCAUACCAUCUACAGAUCAUGAGACAGCCGAAGUAGUUGGCGGUGCACUGGAAAGCGCGUUGAAAGAGUAUUUAGCGGUAAACGAACAAAGUUUAAUCAAAACAUCUAUGUUCAGCUUUUCAAUGCUCAAAAAUGAGAUGAACAAAAACGCGCUUUACACCUUCCCCUUCAUCUCACUCACUCUCCUUCUAUUGGUCACUUUCACUAUUCUCUCUUGCAUGACAGGUGACUGGGUCACAUCCAAACCACUCGAAGCACUGAUGGGUGUGCUCUCCUCAUCUUUUGCAAUUGUUAGUGCAGCAGGAUUCAUGUUCCUUAUUGGAAUACCUUUCGUCAGCCAGGUAACUGUGAUGCCGUUUCUAGCACUGGCUAUUGGCAUAGAUGACACGUACGUAAUGCUUGGAGCAUGGCAAGAUACACGACGUAGUCUUCCGCCAUCCAAGCGAAUGGCGCUAUCACUUCAAGAAGCUGGCAGUGCGAUAACAGUAACAUCGAUCACUUCAAUGCUUUCCUUUGGCAUAGGUUCAUUCAGUACUACACCAGCAAUAUCCAUAUUCUGCCGAUUCAUUGCCAUGGCUAUCAUUUUCGAUUGGAUUUAUCAGGUGACAUUUUUUGCGGGUAUAAUGGCACUUGGUGGCAAGCGAGAAGCUGUCGGAUAUCACUGCAUAUUCGUUUGGAAAAAAAUGCCAAAAAAGAUCAUUGAGGAGUCAAGACGAAACACAAUGUUUUCAAUAACGCAUACAUUAUUCGCGGAUUAUAUUGCGCCAUUUCUAUGCCACAAAGUAACGCGCAUCACCUUAAUCGGUAUUUACGGACUGUACAUCUUUGGCGCAUUUUAUGGAUGUUCACUGCUGCAACCAAAUUUGACGCCAAGUCGUUUGCUAGUAGAUGAUUCGCCACUGACUCAUUAUUUGAAGCUGGCUGAAACGAAAAUAUGGUCGGAAGGAAUGGUAGGCAGAGUCUAUGUGAAUAAUGCGCCCGACUUUACUGCUGAUCCAAAACAGAUCGAUAUUAUGUUACGAUUGGCAGAAGAUUUAGAAAACACUUCCUGUUCACUGGGGAAAAAUUCUACUCAGUUUUGGCUUCGAGAAUAUUUGAACUACCGACAAUUCUUCGAAAGUAACGAUGACGACUUUUAUGAUAUUCUUGAGUCAUUCCUCAACACAUCCUUCAAUUCACAUUGGAGUGCUUACCUGUCUUGGACGCAACAUCCAAUAAAGCCUAGCAAGAGAUACGUAAACCGUUUUUUCUUCACAACCGCUUUCAAAAUAAAAGACUGGAAAGUUCGUACUGCGUUACUGUUACAAUGGCGCAACAUAACAAGUCAUUAUGCAAAGUAUGAAGCUUUGGUGUUUGAUGAAAAUAAUUUUUACUCAGAUCAAAUGUUAGAGCUCCAGUCAACAACCUUAUCAUCAUUGGGUACUGCAAUACUUGCUAUGAUUAUUGUGUGCGUUUUGUUCAUCGCUGAUUGCACCAUCGUAUUUUGGGUUGUUUUCGCAAUGAUUUCAAUGGAUGUUGGCAUUGCUGGCUAUCUUUCUCUUUGGGGAGCUGAUUUGGACCCAACCACUGUUGUUAAUAUUCUGAUGAGCAUCGGUUUAUGCAUCGAUUUUGCGACUCAUGUUGGUUAUAGAAUCUAUCGCAGCAAGUGCCGGAAUCCCGAUGAACGUAUUAGAGAUGCAUUGGGAGCUGUUGGUUGGCCGGUGGUGCAAGGCGGUACUUCAACAUUUUUAGCUAUUAUUGUAAUGAUGCUGGUACCAUCGAAUGUAGUGCGCAUGUUUGCGCGUACAUCCAUCCUUGUUGUUCUUACGGGUCUAUUUCACGGAAUUGUUUUGUUACCUGUCAUCAUCAGGACAUUUACUUCUUAUCCCACUUGCAAAAAGAAUUUUUGA